AGUCUUGAUCGUAAAAACGAGAUAUUCACAACAAAGAAAGGGGGAUUCGGGGAUUCCCUACUUUUUUGGAACCAUGCUGGAACUUCUGUGAAUAACUGUUGUAUGUAAAUAUGUCAACGCUUACUUAGGAGACCCGAAAUGGAAAACUAGAACGUAUAUAUAUAGCUAUGAAUGAUUCCAGUCAAGACAGGAUUUCGAUACAUUCUGAAGACAGUAAUAAUUCUACUAGUAAUGGAGAUAGAAGUUCAUCGGUUAGUCAGUCGGAUAGCUCAAAAAAGAAGCCCUUGAACAGUAUGGAUUUUCCUGGUUAUACGCAGUCAUCGGAUUCUUUUUAUGCCGACGACGAUUCUGUUCCAAAGACCGAAAAAGAAUUAAAGAUGUUAUCUUUUGUUAAUCCUGGAAAAUUCCUUGAUGACUUCGAUCCAGAACGAAGUACAAGAGAACUACGAAAAAUGCAGAGAAAGUUAAAACCUAGUACAAAGCCCAAUAGUCUAUAUGAUGAAGCAGGAAGGAUCCGGGAGACAGGUGUGGAUAUUUGUGAUUGUCUGGAUCACGAUUGUCCGGGAUGUCAUUUCCCAUGCGCUAAAUGUGCAUCGGAGAAAUGUGGAACAGAAUGUAGAUGUAAUAGAAAAUGGCAUUAUGAUAGUAUCUAUGUGGAAGGAACAGAAAUAAAUAUAAGAUUUAAAUAAAUGAAA